AUCAUCUCGACCCUCAACUUCUGGUCAAAAGAUAACUCACUCCGUCUAGGUCGCUCUCUACGACGCCUUGAUGCAGUCAGUCUGAUCGAUAUCCACGCCAAUCUCCUCGUCGGCCGAUCCUCCUCCCUGAGACGCCCUACUACACCCACCACCCAAACCUCCCACUGCUACCCCGCCUUCGAUGGGCAACAACCCUUCCAAAGGCCCAGCCGGUGAUGGGCCGGCUGGCCAUAUCCCCCAUGCCGCUGGUGAGCGCAAGGUGGUGCGUCGCACCUCGCUAAAUGCCAUCGCCAACCCAAAAGCGACUGCAGCCGACCCCUCUGCCACCAGGGAGACCGCCGCGGGACACUCCGCCGGAUACCAGGGCUCGGUGCAGCAUCGACUGCAGCGCAGCCCGGCCGAUUCUCCGAGCAAAAGCACCAGCAGACCCCAAAAGCCCGAGGCCAGGAGACCCGGGUAUGCGCAAGGCCGGAAUAUCGCACCGCAAGAUCACUCGAACCCGAUGCAGGUGCCCGCCGCGCGACAGGCCGCGGGGCGCGAUCCUGUGGCACCUUCGGGCCCGCCGCUGAGCUCGUACUAUAGCGCGUCGACACAUUUGCAACGGCCACCGCGCAUGCCAUUGCCCAUUGGUGAUGCUACGACCACGCCUGGCUCGCCGAUCAGUGGACCCGAGGAUUCGCAUAUCCAAUCGCUUCCGGCGGACAGGCUUCUGGAUGAGAAGUUAGACCAGGGAGCAUCCAAUUUGAGCAGUGUGACCUUGGAUGGUGAAGAGAUUGUGGAUGAACUUCAGCCGUACGCUACUAGCGCAGUUGGGAAGGCAGUGCCUACCUAUAUUGAGUGGUCUGGACCAGGCCAGAAGGUCUAUGUGACGGGUACCUUUGUGAAUUGGGAGAAGAAGUUCAAGCUGCACAGAAGUGAAGGCGAAGGCGCCACCAUGUCGACAACGCUGAAUCUGCGGCCUGGUACCCACCACCUGAAGUUCAUCGUUGACGGAGAAAUGCGAGCUUCAGAUACUCUCCCCACUGCAGUUGAUUUCACCAACCACCUGGUGAACUAUAUCGAAAUCAGCGCCGAUGACGGACACGACAGCCUCCCGCCUGGUAUCCAUGCCUCGCAGACUUUAGCCGACGGCGGCAAAGAUGGCCAAGCAGACGAGACGGAUGAACCCCCCAACAAGGAAGAGCCCGAGGAGGAAGUCCCCCUGGUGACUUCGGUCGGGCCAUUCCCCAAUUCCUCGCAGAUUUGGACAAGGACGAGGAUAGCGGCAAAUGUCAUCAGUGACACCCCGACUCCUCCCAGUUUGCCGCUGUUCCUGGGUAAAUCGAUCCUAAAUAGCAAUACGCCUACCAAGGAUGACAGCAGUGUUCUGAAUUACCCCAAUCACACUGUUUUGAACCAUCUUGCCACGAGCAGUAUUAAGAAUGGUGUUCUGGCUACCAGUGUGACGACUCGAUACAAGCGCAAGUACGUUACCUCCAUUUUGUACAAACCAACCGGCGACAUCACCGAGUGAGCGCUGCCCGGUGACAAUGCAGAUUCAUCUCUUGCAUGCGUCUACCUGGAGGGACAAGCGAUCUAUGCGAGUCUCCAGAGGCGCGUGUUCCUGGACACUGCAUCAAAGCUCAGCACAUCCCCCGGGGAUAGCCCUCCGUCAGUUGAUCAGCAGUGUCGUGGAAUCCCUACUAAACAGCCCAUGCGACGAUGACCGUAUAUGGUUCAGUUAGAGAAGGAGACGGCAUAACGGAGCGAGGGCAAGUUGCGAUGGAAAGAAAUGUGGCUCCGAUCACAUAUUGCAUGAAGUUUAGGCGUUCCUGUACUUGAUUCUUGGGAGGUUUUACAUCGGAGCUGGAGUUUUCUUUCGAUCAUGCAAGCGAGGUUCAUAGUUAUGGCCGUGCAGGCGCUUGGAUUUUGUUGACGAGUACAGAGUUGUUUUUUUAUUUCAAUAGUAUUCUUACUGUGCAUUUGUUUGAUUGAUUGUUUGGCUUCGAUAGAUGGAUAGGUUCAUGGGCACGAUAUAAGAAUCGGAACUUCCUAAGGAUAGUUUGACAUCUGACAGCCAAACCAAAACAAACCAAGUCUCUUCUAC